AUGUCCUCCACAUCGCCCGAUACUGUUAUCAUAGCAGCUAUGCUAGACAGGCUCGAGCCCCUGGCACCCAACGAGUAUAUAGUAGCCUUGAGUCGAGGCAGCGAUCAGUUUAUCGCCACACCGAACGGUUACAUCUCCACGUGUCUACCAAACAACUUACUCAGAAAAGUAUGCGCAGGUUAUAUCAAGAGAAUUACAUGGGCUUCGUACGGCAGCAAACCCGGGUCGUGGUUUUUCGCGUGGGAGUGCAGAGACAGCACAUCGGCUUUCAUGAUUGGACCCGAGAUUCCGCCAGCAUUACGGUCCUACAUCCAAGCAGUAGAAGCUUCCGAGACUCUUCGUUCUGGUAUUCGAGUACAACUUGGUGCCGCCGACUCUUUCGUCGUAUGGUCAGGCACAGCUUGGGCAUGCGCAGAUGUUCCGGCGCAACUCGAGGCCAAGUUACGCGAAGGCAGUUCCGGAUCCCGUAAGAGCAACCAUAUCACCAAUGGUUCGUUGAGGGACUCUCGUACUCUGGAUAAUAUCCAGUGGCACGCUAAUGGGUCGUACUACAUCAAGAGCGGCGACCGUCAUCUAUGGAAUUUCCAGGCAAACCUGGUCUCUUUCGAAUGGAACAAGCUGUGGAAAGGCGCGAGACAAGAUGAGCGAAUGAUUAGGAUCAACAAAGAGCUCGCUUACGUCCUGAUUAGCCCGCAUACCAAGAAGGGCGAGACCUUCGCAUUCAUCAAGAAGCACUCUGCCGGCUUGGACACGCCGUAUAUUGUCCAUUUUGAGGGAGAGCCAAUUCACACCAACUUUGAUGGUGAUAACAGCUCUGGCCAGCAUACGCUAAGCAGUUCGCCUCCUGGCACUGUCUCUGACACCAACUCUUCUCGGAACUCAUGUUCUCGCCCGCUCGCCCGCUACGAACCGCAUGUUUCUGACCAGCAAAUACGACAUGUACCAAGAAAGACCGAGGAUGGCAUUCCCUUCCAGUGGGCGACUACCAAGAAGUCUGGUCGGCCGCAUAGGGCGGAUUCAUGGGAGCUAGUGUUAAGAAAAGGUGAAAAAGUGAAGGUCAUCCGCGACAUGGGUCGCAACUGGUUUAUGGUCACCGAUAAGAAAGACGUCAAGGGGUUUGUACACGGCUCUUGGCUUGUCUUUGGUGAUGGUGCAGUGCACAAAGACUCCAAGGCAGCAUACGAUCAGUUCGUGGAAGAUAUACGGGAGUUGCUCAAACCCGGGCACCUACAGAGUUUCCUAGCGAUGACAAGCUACGUCGACGAGUGCACGGAACGGGACUGUCAGCUGCUCAAGGAAGAUGUCUCGAAAUUGGGCAUCUGCACCCACGAUCUGCGAGCAUUGCUGCAAGCUUCCGGUAAAUAUUCGUAUGAAUGGCUCAAGGAGGAACGAAACCUAUGGCACCCGGAUAGGUUUGCGCGCUUCAUCCACCCAAAUCACAUGGAGCGUCUUACGCUCAUGGCGGAACAGAUGUUUGUCAUGUAUGGAAUCUUGAUGGAGGCGUGCAAAGCCUGA